AUGACUCGUGUGCUUUUGACUGGCGGAAGUGGCUUCAUUGCCGCUCAUGUACUCGAGGCUCUCCUGGCCCGGGGCCACUCCGUCGUCACCACCGUUCGUUCCCAGACCAAGGCCAACGCCAUCCAAAAAGACCACCCGGGAAUUAACAAUGACCGCUUGUCAUUUUCCAUUGUGGAAGACAUGGCCCAGCCGAAUGCUUUUGACCGAGCAGUGGUCUCUGACCCCCCCUUUGAGGCUGUCAUUCACACGGCUAGCCCGUAUCACUUUCAUGCGCAGGAUGCCCAGGAGCUGUUGGUUCCAGCUAUCACGGGUACAACCGGGAUCCUCAAGUCCGUGCAGAGAUAUGCGCCUCUUGUGAAACGCGUGGUGGUGACCUCCUCUUUUGCUGCGAUUAACGAUGUCUUCGCCUCAAAAGCCUGCAAGGUUUAUUCCGAGGCGGACUGGAGUCCCAUCACAGAAGCACAGGCAAACGACAGCCCCGCCAACGCAUAUCGAGCCAGUAAGACUUUCGCUGAAAGAGCGGCAUGGGAAUUCGUCGAGAGAGAGAAGCCCACCUUCACUCUCUCCGUCAUCAACCCACCCCUCGUCCUCGGCCCCAUCGUCCACAACCUCAGCUCCCUCGACGCCCUCAACACCUCCAACCAACGCAUCCGGGACUUCCUCUCUGGUGCGGCCAAGACCCGCUGCCCGCCGACCGGAAACUACCUCUUCGUCGACGUCCGUGAUCUCGGCCUGGCUCACGUCCUCGCCGUCGAGAAGGAAGCAGCAGGCGGGAAACGAUUCUUCAUCGUCUCGAGCCAUUUCUCGAAUGCGGAAAUUGCGACGAUUAUUGGCGAGGAGUUUCCUGAGUACCGGGAUCGUUUGCCGACCGGGGAUUCCUUGAAGACCGGGGAGUAUCCCCCAGAUGGGGUUUAUGGGUUCGAUAACACCCGUGCGAGAGAGAUUCUGGGUGUUCAUUUCAGACCUUUAAGGGAGAGUAUUGUUGAUGCCGUCAAGAGUUUGUUGCCUCUUGGUGUGGAUAAAUUUUGA